GCGCAUGCGCUGAGUAGUGUUGAGAUACGCCCCGUUUUUAUAGAAGACGUCGAACAUGGCGAAGCAAUGCUCAAUGUACUACCCAUUAUUCUGCCUUCUUUCAAUUUUCCAAAGCUCUCAUCAACAAAGUGGAAGUUCUCUUGGACUUGGUAGUGGAAGUGGAAGUGACCUAAUUACAACUACACAACCAUCCACAGAAGGACCUCUUUUGACUGAUGGACAGGACUUCUUGUCAUUCCUUAACAUUGAGGAAAUUGACAAUGGAGACCUGAGUGAACUAGGACACACAUUGGAUGGAUGCUCAUCACCAGUGUACAUGAAUGAAGGAAUUCCUUACGGCUCUCGCACAGAAACAAUUCUGAGGGUUUGUUCAAAUGGAGUAAUAUCAUUUGGAAGACCGUUUACUUGGUGGUAUCCCAACGUGUUUCCAUCUCGUUAUUUUGGGGUGAGGGAAUCAAACGUUGUUGCUGUAUUCUGGAACGACCAUGAUAAUCGGCUUUCUGGAAGCCGCAUAAUUUAUAAAACCUACAACCCGAAUCAGGGUACAGCAGCUUCAGCAAAGUUAGAACUAGUCAGUCACUUUGUUUCGAGGAAAACCAAAAGUGAUUUCUCGGGGAUAUGGAUGUUGGUUGCUCACUGGAUAGAUGUACCUCCAUACCCUUUUGGCUCAUACUACUAUCAGCGCUAUUAUGGAGUGAGUGCAAUGAGAAAUUCUUAUCAAGCUAUAAUUGUUACGGACGGUUUCAAGACCUACACUGUAUUUAACUAUAACUGUGACAUGAUUGAGUGGUCUGGCAGCUAUCGCUAUUCUGUUGUAGGCUACAAUAUCAAUUCAAAGUCUGCCCGAUCAAUAGAUUUUCCGUCCUACACAAAUCAUCCAUUGAGUGGUUACCGAGAGAUCAAUAUGGUUGCAUGUAAUAAUACGGAGUAUGGAGUAAGCUGGUCAAACUUAGUUUAUCAAAUUGGAGCAGCCACAGACUUGACACAAAGGGCACGAGCUGAAUGUCUAAGCCGAGCUACCAAGGACAUUCGAUCUUUCCGUGGAAAACAACAAUCUUACGAUCGUCCAUGCCCAUGUUCUUUUUGGCAGGCAAUAUUCGAUAGUCGCUACAGAUAUGCUUCGUAUUAUCUAGCACAGAUUACUGGAGAUUCUAGUUUUUAUAAUUCUCUAUGCUAUGUGCAAAGAUUCAAGCCUAGCUCUCCUAACAUUGGGGUUCAACUUUGCUGCUACAGCUAUGAUUUCAGCAAUUUUGGAGCAUUGUUGGACUCCUCGUUCGGAUACUACGGAAGCUCUUUACUAAGAUACAAUCCAUUCUGGGAUCAAGCAAGUUAUUUGAAAAAUGACUAUCCUUUCCGAGAAUACUGCUGCUUCGAUGGUGAUAUCUGUAAAUCAUACACCAGUCUUCGUCCAGCAGAUUCUUGUUCUACAUAUGUAGCUCCUAGAAGAGCUUGGUGCUGGGGAGAUCCGCAUAUAACAAACCUUGAUGGUGGUGUCUUUACUUUUAAUGGAUGGGGAGAGUACACUCUAUUAGAUAUAAACACAGCUAAUACAUCAUUUGUUCUGCAAGGACGAACCCACCCUGUGGGAAACAGUACUGCAACACAGUUGGUCGCAAUAGCCUUUGGAUUAUCUAAGUAUUCACCAGUGGAGGUUCGUCUUCCUGGUGAAAAUGAUACAGAACCGCUUCUGGUAUUCUUUGAGGGGAGAGAUAUCCUAGCUAAUGUCUCAAAUACGAACGACACAUUUGAACAUAUAAAUGCAACUAUAACUCGGAGCUCACCUACAUCCCUAGUUGCAAGCUUUCCAAAUGGUAUUGGAAUGAUAGUCAACGCUAGUGCAAUGCUGGGCUUUACCUUGAUUGUUCCCGAAGAGUUUAGAAGCAUGGGAUCUGGACUGAGUGGGAAUUUCAAUGGGGAUGCAACAGAUGAUGUUGCCUUCAAAAAUGGAACAAUUUUGACUCCACCAGUGGAUGAUAGAAUUCUACAUGAAGUCGGCCAAUCAUGGAUAAUCGAACAGGAGGACUCUCUGUUCACAUAUCCUGAAGAGUCAACUACUGCAGAUUACCAGUUUCCGAAUCACAUGCCAGUGUUUCUAACAGAUGUUCUAGCGGCUGCUCCGCCAGAUGUACUUGAUGCAUGUGGAGAUAACAAUGACUGUAUUUUUGAUGCUAUUCAGACAGGUGAUAUCAAUAUUGGAAUUCAAACUAUGUCAUCUAAUCAACAGAAUUUAGUCGAGCAAGAGCAAGGAGCAAAUACCCCACCGGUUAUUCUAGGACCUCGUAUUUUACAAAUAAGAUUCGGUGAAACGGCUGAGCUACACUUUAAUGUCACUGACAACAAUAUCUCUACUAUUAAUGUAUAUGUUGCGGGAGGUGUACCUGAAAAUGCAACCUUGACACCUUUUCCUGGGAAUGACUAUAUAGACUAUGUUUUCAAGUGGCUGAUAACAGAGGAAACAAGUGCACACCUAGUAUUUGUUGCUGAGGAUGAGAUGGAGGCUCGAUCUGUGCUAAAUGUUCAAGUCCAAAUAUGUGCAUGCUUGUAUGGAAACUGUACAACAAAUGGAGUUAUCGGAUUAAGUGCAAACAUUGUUAUGCUCAAUUGUGAAUGUCCAGAAGGCAGGGAAGGUCUGUUUUGUGAAGAAGACAUUAAUGGGUGUGCUCAGACUACAUGCUUCGAAGGAGUAGAGUGCGUGGACAUACCAGCUCCAGGAGUUGGAGCUGAAUGCGGGCCGUGUCCGAAUGGCUACUUUGGUGACGGGGGUAAAUGUGCAGACAUUGAUGAAUGUAUAAAUGGGACUGAAAACUGUGCGGACAUUUGUGUUAACACUGAGGGUGGCUUUCAAUGUGAUUGUAAUCCAGGAUAUCGGUUGUUGAAUGCAACUCACUGCAAAGAUGUUGAUGAGUGCUCUAUUCGAAAUGGAGGCUGCCAUCAAAUUUGUACUAAUAAUAAUGGUGGAUUUAACUGUAGCUGCACUGAUGGAUAUGAAUUAUCAAGUGACAGAACAUCAUGCACAGUUUCACCAGAUUCAAUGUGCAGCGAUCUAAACAAUUGUGACCAAGUUUGCGUAAAUGUAUCGGACGUGGGACAGUGCAGUUGUAUGCCUGGUUAUGAGCUACGUGCAAAUGGACGAACAUGUGAAAAUGUAAACGAGUGCAAAGAGUCACCUUGUGACCCUGAUAAUGGAGUAUGCACCGAUAACCUAGGCAGCUUCAGUUGCAGUUGUGGCAAAGGGUUUACUGAAAAUGGAAUACAGUGCCAAGAUAUGAAUGAAUGUGUUGAAGCUGCACUAGGAGGCUCCGAUUUGUGUGAAACUGAUACGACCAUGAGGUACUGCAUCAACACAGUGGGAGGAUACAUGUGUAUAUGCCCCGAUGGUGUAGAGCAAAGGGGGGACACUUGUGUCAACCUAGAUCUAGAGCCUAAAGCACCGCCCGGAUACGAGGAGUACAUCAUUGCCAUAAAACUUGAUGAAUAUUCUCUAUUUAGGUUUACAGUAACAAUUGAGGAUGCAUUCAGAACAUUAACUGCUCAAGCAAUCAACAAGUACUGUGAAUCAAAUGUUUGCAUAUUCAGUAAAAACGACCGUGCCAAGCGGCAAGUGGAACUAGUCACAGAAGAUGCUGUCUUCAUCACAGAUAUAGCCACAAAUGAUGAUGGUCAAGUGACGUUCUACGUUUACGUUGAAACUGAAAAUGGCAUACUUUCUGGAAUCACACUUCUCAAUGCCAUCAAUAACUUUAGAAACGAGUAUGCUGAUGGAGGAUUUUCACUUUCAGCCAACUUGUUAGUACAUGUACCAACCGUCCCUCCAUCAAUAACUAUUCCAACAUUGUCUGCGGAGCAGAGAGUAAUAAUAGCUGUGGUGGUUAGUAUUUUUGUCGCAAUUAUCGGAGUUGCAGUAGUUAUCGUCAUCGUCUGGUGCUUUGUGAUAUCCAAGAAGAAAAAGUCAGCAGUUUUGGUGGAAGAAGAAGAACUACGAAAGUUUCCGCUAAAAAGUAACAAGAUUCAACCUGACACUAGCACAAGCUUUUAACCGAGCUAUAAUUAUUAUCGUGUUUAGAAAAGUGUAGCAAAUAAUAAUUUACGUUGUAUUAUUAUAGAGUUCUAUAAAUUCCCAAAUUCUUGAUAUACAUGGUUUGUAACAGACUAACGUACAGCAGAUUAAGUUGUGUUCUCACUUAUUGCACAAAAUGUAUAAUAACUAUUUUCUAUGAUA